UGUAUGUGUUGUGUAUAAUACAGUGUAUACGAUAUGAUAUAUAGUGAUUGUAUUGUAUUGAGUGUUACGCGAGUAUUGAGUACUCAAUACAGUAUAGCGUUGAGUGUAAUGACUGUAAUGUAUUGAAUCAACUAAUCAUAAGUUGUUUGUUAUUAUAAAAUAUUUUUGUGUCAAUUCAUCGAGUGAUCAGUUGAUGAAGGAGUUGAUGGCACCUAUAAUCCACUGAUGGUCUCCGCCAUCCAUGUCUUAUUGAUCGACCAUUUCAUCUCAUUUGUGGUGACGAUGACGACGAGUGCUGUCAAUACCAGCGGAUUAAUGGUUUCUCCUGUUGUCGUAUCUGUAUCUUGUGUUUGGUGAUAGUUAUUGGAUCAACUUGUGGUGUGAUUAACACCAAUAAGUGGGGUGAUAGUGGCCAUCAUCAUAGAUACGGUUGUGUUAAGUCGUCUCAUGUAUGCAUGUGUCGGAUGGUCUGGUCUUUAAUGGAGAGUUUGGACAUUAAGACACAAUGGACACAUCCAAACAAUAGUUGGUCACAACACACGACUACUACCACUAAGUCUACCAAAAACAAGAUACCAAUUGUAAAAUCAAAGGAUAAUAAGUGCCGUAAAAAUGAGGGCAAAGAAAAACAAAGAAAAAACAAAGUGAAUAAUAAUAAUAAUAAUAGUAUUGCAAAACCAAAGCCAUUAUAUGAUGAAGACAUUGUCGAUGGAUUUGCUAUAUUAAGCUUCAAGAGCUUCAAAGAUCUUGAGAUAGCAAUAAAUGGCAAAAGUAGUCAAAAGAAAAAAGCGAAGUCAAAGACACAGACGACAAAAGAUGAGACAUCGAUAUCAUCGACUGUUUCAUCUCAAUCAUCGGCAUCACAAUUAUCAUCACUACCUAAAUACAGUGAUAAUAAAAAUAAUACCAACAAAGUGUCCAACAAAUUGACGGCUAAUAAACUGUCGAAAACAACAACAAAAUGUUUAAAGAAAGUCGAGUCUAAUAAUGCAAAGCAUAUAAAGCAUACAAAAUGUGACAAAAAACUCAAACAAAAUGCUUGUCAUAUGAAUAAUGGCAUCAAUAAAAGUGUUAAUAUUAGUAAUAAAAAUGUUGACAAUAAAGAUAAACAUAAGACAAGCAAUUGUAGCAAAAAUAAUAAGUCAUCGGAAUCGGUGUCAAUAAUAUCGACGACACAUAAAAAGACAUCAAUCAAUGUAUAUAAACCACAAGUUCUUCAUAUAAAUCAAAUAACAAUAAAUGGUAAAAGCAGUCAAACGAAAAAAUUGAAAUCAAAGAAGGCAUCAAAAGAUGAGACAUCGAUAUCAUCAACUGUUAGCUCACUAUCAUCGGCGUCACAAUUAUCUCAACUCAAAUACAGUGAUAAUUCAAAAUCUAAUGCUAACAAAGUGUCCAAAUUGACGGCUAAUAAGAUAUCAAAAGCUACAGCAAAAUGUUUAAAGAAAGUUGAGUCCAACUCAAAGCAUUCAAAAUGUGACAAAAAACUCAAACAAAAUGCUUGUCAUAUGAAUAACGGCAUCAAUAAAAGUGUUAAUAUUAGUAAUAAAAAUGUUGACAAUAAAAACAAUAAACAUAAGUCAAGCAAUUCUAGCAAAACUAAGAAGUCAUCGCAAUCGGUGUCAAUAAUAUCGACGACACAUAAAAAUACAUCAAUUAAUGUAUAUAAACCACAAGUUCUUCAUAUAAAUCAAGCCGAUAGUAGUGAUGAUGAUUCUGGCGAUGAUAUGUGCGAUGAUGAAGAUGUCAAAGAAUUAAUUGAUAAAAAAUUAUCGGAUAAUAAUAAUAAUAAUAAGCGUCAAGAAGUUAGUGGUAAAAACAACAACAUAUCACUAAAUACUAGCACCGAAUCAAAUGAUUGUAACAAUGACUCGACUGUAAAGAAGUGUCUGAGUCUUAGCCCUAUUUCUUCAACUGACACAUCGCUAUGUUUGUCAACAAACUCUUCAUCUUCAGCAACACUGCCACCGAACAGUUCUGAUAAUGACUGUGCUGUAGUGCAACAACUCAGUGAUAGCCACAAUGAAGUUACCAGUGCUGAUGGUGUCAAUACUGAUAGUGACAACAAGUCGACAUCAUGUUCCUCAUCCUCACCGAAAGCCAAUGCUUUCAAAGUGAAUCGCAUAUUAACAUCGUCUCCAUUGUUAUCUGUGUCAACAACAACAACAGCACAUGAAGUGAUUUCCAAAGACAAUGUAAAUGAAGUGGAAGUGCAGUCAAACAAACACUUAAAUUCAACAGUGAAUAAACCAUUAGUGACGAACAUCAAUGAGUCAGACACUACACAUCCUAUGGAUAGUAUUGCUGUCGAAGCAAAAGACAAGACAAUUGCAUACACUUCACAUUUAAUUGAAUCAGUUGUCGGCGAUACCAACACUUCUGCGACUGCAGAACAAUGCAAUGUCUUAACCGGUGAUAAACAAUUGCAGCCAUCGUCUCCUCUUAAUAAUAAACUUGAAAAUAGUAAUAAAGAGAAUAAUAAUUCUAAUAAUAAUAAUAAUUUAGAUGCAAAUUGUUUGAAAUUAUUACAAAACUCUACCUCUUUUACGACUAAUUGUAACAAUAAUUUAACGACAAUUAAAAGUUUGCAUAGUUUUGGUGUCAAGAGGUCGGUGUCUCCUCUACUGUCUAAUCAAAGUACUACCGCUACCGCCGCCAAACAUAUUCGCCACUCGAGUCCUAACAAUAACAAUCAAAACGGCAUUGAUUUUCAUAAUACUUCGCCACUUCAAUAUCCAAGUGCUUCACAACAGAGUUUUCGAGGUCUUAGUCAUUUGAGUCAACCAAUUGGUGGUCACAACUUGCAUACAACAGGCAAAGAGUCACAUAAUAGUAUCGGCUCUAACCAUACGAACAAUAUUAUCACCACUAGUAAGAACACAUCUCGAAGCACAUCACUGUCAUCGACAACCAAUUGCUUGUCUGAUAACUUAUCGACUAAAUCUUAUUUAUGGUCAUCAUAUGGUCCGAGUCAAGGAUCUAAUGGUAAUGGUGUGAAUGGAUUGUCUCAUUUACCACCCCCACCACCACCAUCUGGUCUAACAGGACCCGGUGUUACACCUAGCAUUGGUUUGCAAUUAUCAGUGCAAACAAAUUCAAUGUCAAUGUUUGCUUCAUUGAUUGCAUCGACACCAUUACCACCAGUUUCCAGUGCAAUGGCACCAAGUGCUGCAACUUCAUCAUUCAUUGAUCAAUGCAAUGUUUUGACUGGUGAUACCAAACAUUCACGAUCUUUAUCACCAUUAAGUCAUAAACACGACAAUUAUAAUAAAAAGAAUAUUAAUAAUAAUUUAGAUGCAAAUUGUUUAAAGUUAUUACAAAACUCUACCUCUAAUUAUUCAACAAACUGUAAUAACAAUUCAUCUAAAAGUUUACAUAGUUUUGGUGUCAAAAGAUCAUUGUCUCCAUCAGUGGUGUCUAAUCAAAGUACUGCCACAAAACACAGUCGUCACUCGAGUCCUAAUAAACAGAAUUGUAUUGAUUUGCAUAAUUCACUUCAAUAUCCAAGUGCUUCGCAUCAGAGUCUUCGAAGUCUUAGUCAUUUAAGUCAAUCAAUUGGUGGUCACAACAUAAAUACAAGUAAAGAACGCCAUGAAUCUCAUAGAGUCGGGUCUAACAGUUCCGACAGUACCAACACUAGUAAAAGCACAUCUCGGAGUACACCAUCACUGUCUUCAUCAACCAGUUGUUCGGAUAACUUAUCGACACCUAAAAGCUUUUUAUGGUCACCAUUUGGUUCCAGUCAAGCAUCCAAUGGUGUCGGUGGUGUAUCGCACUUAUCGCCAUCCGGUCUAACCGGGCGUUCAGUCACACCAAGCAUUGGAUUGCAAUCAUCAGUGCCUACAAAUUCAUUGUCAAUGUAUGCCUCACCUAUAGCUUCUGCAUCGGCAACAUUGACACCUGUUUCCAGUGCAAUGGCACCACCAAGUGCUGCAUCAUCAUCACCAUUUAUUGAUCAAGACUUUUUAAGACGCGAAUUAGAUAACAGAUUUUUGGCGUCACAAAACAGGACUAUCAAUAUGCCGCCACCACCUUAUAUGAGACCAGAAGUACACCAUCACAUGCAUUUGCCUCAAAACCAACCAUUUCCCAUAUCUCCAUUGACCAGCUCUCUAGGAUCACAAACUAAUCCGUUUGAUAAAUUCACGAAAAUGGACCAAACAUAUUAUGGUCGAAAUCCAUUAGGACUUUCGACUUUCACUAGUCUUUCACCAUUAUUAACACCCGGUAGUGCGUCGACCUCAAAACCUAUCGGUUUGAGCGGAUCGUCCAACACUCCAUUUGGACCACCCGGCCAUUUGGCCGCAUUUCAACCCAAGUUGAAUUCAUAUAAAAACAAAACAAAUAAACCUUUAGUGAAGUCUGGCCGUUGGUGUGCAAUGCAUGUGAGAAUCGCGUGGGAGAUAUAUCAUCACCAACAACAUCAACAACAAAAACAAUUAGAUGUUACCCAUAAAAACAAUAUGUCUUUGGUGUCGACCAAUAGUGGUUCCAAGAGUGGUUCGGCGUCUAACGGUCUGCUGAGGCCAUUGAACACAACAUUUUCGUUGACAUCGCGAACUCAAGACAUGUCCCCAUUUUCAUCAUCAUUAUUAAGCGGUGGAACACCUAAUCGAUCACCAUUUGACUCUCCUAUACAUCAAUAUCCAUCAACACCAGCACCAACUCAUCUCACAUCUCGUACAACGAAUUUUACUCGUUUUCCUUCAUUUGGUUCAUUGAGCUCAACACUCAGCAGUUUAAGUUCAGUAGCAGCCGGUGGUGUCACACCAUCGGGUGCAUUGUUUGGACCGACACCGAUAGCGACCACUCGAGACCCACUACAGAUUCCUGGUUGUCUUCCAGGACUAAGUGCUUCAGGAAGUGACCUUUGGUCGCGAAGUUCAUCGACCCGAUCAUCAGCAGCAGCCGUGGCCGCCGCAGCCUCACUAUUUGGUCCAAUGAGUCCAUUGACCCCCAAUUCUGCAGUCCGAUCCCUGUACAGUGAUUCACUAUAAACUAAACUAAACCAUCACUCGAAGUUCCCCUGUUUUAUCCCUCUAAAUGUAAUAUAAUUGAUUUUUUUAUACUUUUAAAUAAUUGUUAUUUAUUGAUCACUUUUACUAUAUUAACAUUCAUUAAA